AUGACCACAACAACCAAGCAUAAAAUCGCCAAGGACCGUCUUCUCAAUACAAUUCAUGAAACUGCUGCCAAAUUUGGUGCCCAUGGAGUUUGGGGAAAGGGAAUAACCGAAACAGGAGUUUGUAGAUUGGCGCUUAGUGAUUUAGAUAAGCAAGUAAGGGAUUGGUUCAUAGAAGAGACCAAAAGUUUGGGAUGUACCGUUAAGGUUGAUCUGGUGGGUAACAUAUUUGCAGAAUACCCUGGUCAAAAGAAAGGACCACCUACUGCCAUUGGAUCCCAUCUUGACACCCAGCCCACUGGUGGACGUUAUGAUGGGAUUUACGGAGUUCUUUCCGGAUUAGAAUUAUUAAGAACUUUGAAAGAUAACAAAAUUGUCCCACAAUAUCCAAUUGCGGUUAUUGAUUGGACUAAUGAGGAAGGUGCGCGAUUCCCCAUGUCUGUUAUGGCCAGUUCUGUAUGGUCGGGACAAGUGCCACAAGAGACCGUCUACAAGCUUGAAUCUGUUACCGAUGACAAGCCAGUGACUGUAGAACACGAAUUAAAGAGAAUUGGAUACCAAGGGGAUGUUGCUGCUUCCUACAAGGAAAACCCAAUAGCCGCUCAUUUUGAAAUUCAUAUUGAACAAGGUCCAAUUUUGGAAAGUGAACAGAAAAAAAUUGGUGUUGUCACCAGUGUACAGGCAUAUGGCUGGUACAAGUGUCGUGUCGUUGGUAAGGCGUCCCACACUGGUACCACGCCAUUGGCCAACCGUAGUGAUGCGUUACUUGCUGCUCUGCGUAUGAUCAGUAAGGGUAAUGACCUUGCGCACAAGCACGAAGGUUUAUUUUCAGUGGGUGUUCUUACUUUGGAACCUGGUGUUGUCAAUGUCAUCCCUGAAAGUGUAUUGUUCACCGUAGAUGCCCGUCAUGUUCGCGACGACAGCUUGGCUACAAUGGUUGCUGAAGCUAAGGAGGAAUUUGCAGCCAUUGCGAAGUCAUCUGGAUGCUCUAUUUCCGUUGAGUUUGAGCAUAUUUACACUUCUCCAGCUGUCAACUUCCAUGAAGACUGUAUUGCCAGUGUUCGUCAAAGUGCAAUUGCCCUCUAUGGGGAAGAUCAAGUUCGGGACAUGGUCAGUGGUGCCGGUCACGACUCGUGUGCAACAAGCUCUGUUGUCCCCACCAGUAUGAUCUUCAUCCCAUCGCGUGAUGGAGUCAGUCACAAUCCAGAGGAGUACAGUACUCCUGAACAGGUGGCAGAAGGAUUUGAAGUCCUUUUGGGUGCUGUCUUGGACUACGACAGCAAGCGUACCAAGUAA